CUCGUGAUAGUCAUUCAGGAUACGGCCUAUGUAGCAAAACCAAAACACCACAAUAGCAAAAGCGGAGGAGAGAUUUGUUGUUUAUUUUGCGCUAAACAAACAUGUCGGUUGUUUAUCAAAUUGUCUAAAGCUCUAGGAAGGCGUUAAUGUGGAUUAGUUUAUCUGCUAAUGCUUGUUUCAAACGUACGAUUAAGCACGAUGCCGGUUUCUAUACAGCAGAAAGACGGCACGUCAUCCUUCGAGUUUCCACCUGCCUGGGAAGAUGACAAACGGAUGGCUUUCUUGUUUUCUGCUUUCAAAGCGAACCGAGAGGUCGAUCCAAGUGACUGGGACGACAAGAUGAACUUCUGGACGCCUUUGGUGGUGCAGAGCUGCAGACAGCGUGGGCUUGUGUGUACGAGCUUGCAGGAGCUGAACGAAAUCUUUCGGCGAAAGGGGAACGCUCCUAUGGGCCUAAGCACCGUUAUACAGUGUAUGAUCAGAAGUGGCAAAGUGCAGAAAGAAUCCGACUUUGCUGCUAACGUAGAUUCCGGCUGGUUGUCGUGGGGUGUCGGGUUGUUGUUGGUCAGACCUCUGAAGUGGACGCUAUCCGCUCUACUGGGCAGUGGGCGAGUUCCGCUCGAGGAGUCGUUUGUGGUAAUCGAAUUAGUUAAAGAGAAAGCUGCAGCACUGAUGGCUGCCUAUCGGAGUUCGCCUCUCGCAGGGCGCUCUCUGCUCUUAUUUCAGGAACUGCGCUCUUUCUCCUCUCAUAUCUGUCCUGAUGAGACCACACUGUGUCUCGCGCUGCUGCAGCUCCAGAGGGAGAAACACAUCACCGUCUCGCUCCAUGAAGGGGAAAAGCUGGUGAAGUUCAGUCAGGCAGGAGAGGGCCGCGUGUCUCCGGUCAGUGAGGUAGAUCUGGGAAUCUAUCAGCUCCAGCGUAGCAAGAAGCUGCUGGAAGAAAGAGUUGAAGCCCUGGGGCAAGAAGUGGAGAAAUGUAAAGAACAGGCAAAGACUCUGCUAAAAGAGGGGAAGAAGUCACAGGCAUUAAGAUGUCUAAGGGGUAAAAAGCGUGUAGAGGGCAAAGCCGAUCGGCUGUACGUUCAGCUAGAAACAGUGAGAGGAAUCCUGGACAGGAUAGCGAGCUCACAGACCGAUCGUCUGGUGAUGCAGGCAUACCAGGCAGGUGUAGCAGCUCUGAGGAUUUCACUGAAGGGAAUAACCGUUGAGAGAGCUGAGAACCUGGUUGAUCAGAUUCAGGAGCUGUGUGACACUCAGGAUGAAGUUAACCAGACUCUGGCUGGAGGAGCUUUAGACUCAACUGAAAGAGAAUCAGAAGAGCUGGAAGAGGAACUGAAGUCGUUAUUGGAAGACAGCGCUCCAGACACAAGUCUAACGCUACCAGAGAUUCCUCAUCACCCUGUCUCUACUAAAAACACUAGCGUAUUAGAUGAUGCUUUCUUUCACUCACUGCCCUCUGUGCCUGACAAUAACAUCACAGACGAGGAACUGGAGAGAGAGCUGGGACGACUCAGCCUGAAGGCAAUGUAAAAGACGGACGGACGUUUGGAUAUACGAAGAUUCCCGACACAGCACAAUAUACACGGCUACCACAAAUAACUAGAUAGGCUGCUGCUGAAUAGAGAGAGAGAAGGCAAUCCAAUAGCCUGUGUUUCCUUUCUUUCAUUUCUUUCUUUUUGCCUUCGUUUGUUUGUAAUGGCAUGCUUGUGAUUUUUCUUUUAAAAAUACAUUUUAAAGAGUGGCCUUUGGAGUAAUAUGUAAUAGAUAUUCUAAUAAAAAUGACAAAUCACUAUGCCUAA